CCGUCUCAGUAAUUGACGAAGCGCACUAGCACCUUCCUGUCACCGAUUAACACCCUCCAGACAGACAAACCAGUCAAAAUUAACCGUAGCGUCGCCGCCAAGAACCGCCGACAAUCGAAUUCGAAGAGCGUGCAGGCAGGAGGACACGCACCACCAGCAACACCAGGGAUGCAACACGCACGACGCGACGAUAUUAUGACAUUUUCGCUGUAUAGUAAAGUUACAGCUGUGUCGUCUGCUGGCCCCGUUCCUGCGCCUGUUGUUUUAUUCAAUUAGAGUUUUGUAUUUUUGGAAAUGUUCUCCACCACCACACACUCUGUGCCCUACCUGUACCUCGGCAACUUCAGCAGAAAGCCGCACUACUACACCGUAAAGCGCACCAAGCUGCAGGGAAGCGCGAGUGCGGUGCGCCUUUCCAAGUCUGCCAGUGCCACUACUCCAUCGACUACAACGACGACGACGGGCCGAAGUCAUGACCUCGUGCUGGACCUGCGUAACCUGCUCACCCAGUCGGGCGCCAGCUUAAGGGGCAUGGUGGAGAAGGCGGCACGGCUGAACGGCAUUCUGGACCGGGAGCUGGUGAACGAGACGCUGGCCAAGGUGACCAGCCUGCUGCCCGCCAUGCGCGACGUUCGCGUCACGCUGGAGGAGCCGGCCACACAAAUCGGUCGUGUCCAGCUACAAAAUUAUCAGUUUGAAGUUUCGCUAAGCGGCGGAGCUGGUGCCCAGCCCACGGGGGCCACUGUCAAGGUGAUUCCAACCAUAACGCCAGGUCUUCUCCGUCCGCUCUUCUCCAAUCAACAGCUGAAACAACUAAGGGGCUUCAAGACGGAUCGAUCCAUUGAGGCGGAACAAAAGCGCAAUCCCACAAUGACAUCCCGGCUAAAGACUGCCCUGUCCAACGCGCCGCAACGGAUUGACGGAGAGACACACUUCCAGGCCGAGAAGCUGCGACGGCUGCUGGCCAAGUCCGACGAUCAUGGUGGCCAGAAUGCAGAGAACCUAAAGAUAGCCUUUGCCGAGGGCUACUUGGCAGCCGCCAACGCUGAAGAUUCUCCGAAAUCUGGAAAAACAAUGAAGUAUAUAAAGUUUUUACAGACUAUCGUCGUAAUCGUCGUUUUCCUGGGCAUAUUCCUGAGCUUCUUCACUACCUCGAACGGAUCUGUAUUUCGCAGCAUCCAGCUGGGCAAUCAGGUGGAGGUAGAUCCCGAGGAGAUCAACGUCACAUUCGACGAUGUCAAGGGCUGCGACGAGGCCAAGCAGGAGCUGAAGGAGGUGGUCGAGUUCCUCAAGAAUCCCGAUAAGUUCUCCAAUUUGGGCGGCAAGCUUCCAAAGGGUGUGCUUUUGGUUGGCCCGCCGGGCACUGGCAAGACCCUUCUGGCCCGUGCCGUGGCCGGUGAAGCCAAAGUUCCUUUCUUCCAUGCCGCUGGCCCUGAAUUUGACGAGGUCCUCGUCGGUCAGGGCGCCAGACGAGUGCGCGAUUUGUUCAAGGCAGCCAAGGCCCGGGCACCGUGCGUGAUCUUCAUCGAUGAAAUUGAUUCGGUGGGCGCAAAGCGAACCAAUUCCGUGCUGCAUCCGUAUGCCAAUCAAACCAUUAAUCAGCUACUCUCGGAGAUGGAUGGCUUCCAUCAAAACGCUGGCGUUAUUGUUCUGGGCGCCACCAAUCGACGCGACGACUUGGAUCAGGCUCUGCUGCGUCCCGGACGCUUCGAUGUGGAGGUGAUGGUAUCCACCCCAGACUUUACCGGACGCAAGGAGAUCCUGGGUCUCUACCUCACUAAAAUUCUGCAUGACGAAAUCGAUCUGGACAUGCUGGCACGCGGCACCUCCGGAUUCACAGGAGCAGACCUGGAGAAUAUGAUUAACCAGGCGGCGCUGAGGGCUGCCAUCGACGGAGCCGAGACGGUGAACAUGAAGCACUUGGAGACGGCACGUGACAAGGUACUUAUGGGGCCCGAGCGCAAGGCUCGCCUGCCGGACGAGGAGGCCAACACCAUUACCGCUUACCAUGAGGGCGGACAUGCCAUCGUGGCCUUCUACACUAAGGAGUCGCAUCCGCUGCACAAGGUGACCAUCAUGCCGCGCGGACCGUCACUGGGCCACACCGCCUACAUACCGGAGAAGGAGCGUUACCAUGUCACAAAGCAACAGCUGCUGGCCAUGAUGGACACAAUGAUGGGCGGCCGUGCCGCCGAGGAGCUCGUCUUUGGCGCAGACAAGAUCACGUCGGGAGCCAGCAGCGAUCUCAAGCAGGCCACCUCGAUUGCCACGCACAUGGUUAGGGAUUGGGGCAUGUCGGACAAGGUGGGUCUGCGAACCAUUGAGGCGUCCAAGGGGCUGGGCACCGGCGACACCCUCGGACCCAAUACCAUUGAGGCCGUGGACGCGGAGAUCAAGCGCAUCCUCAGCGACAGCUACGAGCGGGCGAAGGCCAUCCUGCGGAAACACACCAAGGGCCACAAGGCGCUGGCGGAGGCGCUGCUGAAGUACGAGACGCUGGAUGCCGAAGACGUCAAGGCAAUACUGAAUGACAACCAGACGUAGUUUCCCAGUCGGUGUGGAUUGCAGGGUCAAGGGAUACAGAGGGAGACCAGGACCUUUCAUUGGACAUUCAGCUGAACUGCUAAAUAUUAUUUAGUUACAAUAUAAACAAAUCGAGGAUGGAGAGCCAAGCAAGAGCGGGACGCAGACGGAAAGUUAAGAAAUAAAAUGUUACACAUAUUUAGUUAUGUUUUCCAUCAUCCACGUAGUAUUAAAUAUUAGUUUGGAGUAAUGAAUAAAAUUGAAGUCACAUCCCA